CUCUGUAGAAUAUCGCGGCCAUCUGCUUCCUUCUGAGAAGUGACGCUACGGUGGAGGACAAGCUUCAUACAUGGAUUACUACUGAAAGAAACUACAGACGUUAACACAACAAUCAGUGAUUGCAGAAGCGGUUAACCCAAGCUGUUGCAAUGGAAAGCAAAAUUGGUUGCAUAAUAAGGAAUGAAAAGGAUCCGUAUCAGAUGCAGUGCGUGGUUUCAACGGACCCAGGAGAAAAAAGAGACUUUUCUGUCUACUUUCAUUCUCCCGAUGGAAAACAAGAGAUAAUGGCUAGUUGUACAUACAACGGAAAAUACGAAUGUAUAUUUGCACAUGAGGGUCUCAGUAUCAUAGAAGAUUACAUCACAGUGUCUGAAACGUUUUCGGCACAGAACGGAAGUUUUGUUUGUCGAAAUGGAGGCCUGCCAUUGGAACAAUUUCCGUGUUUUUACUCAGGCAACAGUGUAAAGCCUGAAGUCAAGUGCGGCAUGACAGAUAUUGCAUCCAAUACACUUCAUAACCCUGAAGAUUUUCGAACCGAAGAUAACGAUCUUGCUGUAAUUAUCGGUGCUGCUUUGGGAGUUGUGAUCGUAAUUCAGGCCCUAGCUAUCUGCUUUCUACUGUUCCAAAAAUACAAAUCGAAAACAGGUCAUGAAUCUAUCGACUGGUAUAUUCCAGAGACCACAGAUUUGUUCGCCCCUGUUCUCAUUAAACGUCUUUCUGGGAACGAAAAUGAAGCCAGCGAACAGUUCCAAUGUCAAGAAAUCGACCUGUCUGAUGAGAGAUCAAGGUUUGGUAGAAAACCAGGCGGACACUACCAAAUGAAAAAGUUUGAUGGCUAAAAAAAGAAUGGCGAACAUUACGAGUUGUCAUUGGAGAUGUCAUUUUUACUCUGAAGGGACAAAUGUUUAUCAGACUGUGAGGGAUAGUGCUUCUUUUUUAAAUUUUCAAAGAAAACGCUUUUUACGUGUAGAUAAUUAUUUUUUGUCGAGUACGUUACUUAAAUAGCUAGCCAAGUAUUUUUUGUGCUCAUGUGUGUGCAAGCUAGUGUGUUUAUGGAUGUCUUGAAGUAUACAGUCACCAACGUUCACACUCACGAAGUCGCUUGGACUUUUGCACGUUCUUUUCUUCAGGUGUAAAAGAACAACUAAAGCUGCCCCUUUUUUCAUACCCUGUAUACAUUUAAUCAUCGUACAAAAUAUGGUAAAGUACUAAAAAAAUUAUACAAUUAUUCGAUAAGUGCUGAAGAAAAACUAAUUCUUAAUGCAAGUCCAAAAGUUAAUAAUUUUUCAUCAACUAUAAUCAUAAAUUUUUUUAAUAGAAAGUUUGUCUUACAGAAGAAUAUCAGAGUUUAAAAUUCGUCACUUUUUUAACUGUUGAUAGUGUUUAUCUACAUAACUGUUAAUUAUGGUCACUAGAGCAUUAUGUUCCACUGAUACAAGAAUACAUAUAUAUUUUUUUCAACUAAAUUUCUGAAAAAGAAAAUCACUAACCCCGUGUAGUGAGUUGUGGUAGGUCUCAUAUUGUUUAGUGUAUGAAUGGUGUCUUGUCUGAUGUUUUGUGUCAGAAAAAGACGUUAUGUAUAAGAGAAAAGCAGUUCUUAAAAUGGCCGAGUGAGCGGGAAAACAACGGUCUUCUCCGCCAUCUUCUUUAUGACUCUCUGGGACAUUCUUCUGAACUUGUGCCUCUUCAGUUGAAUUCGCCUACAAAUUUUUUUGUCCUCAUCGUGAUCAGUAUGGGCUCGUCGAGCGUUGAAUGUGUGUGUAAUAAUAGUUCGUACGUAUACAAGGUAUGUGUACGUUAUUACACGCCGUCCACUAGGAAACGUUUAAAAAAAUGCCUGUUGGAGACGAGCGACCACAGCUAUCAUCUGUCAAAUACUCCAGAAAAAAAAAUACUACGCCUAUAACAGUUACAGAAAAAGACAGCUCGUGCCUACUUGAUCCAUUCCACGACUCAAACUGUAGUGUAGAUAUGAGUAUUUUCAGGCUUGCUUACAGUUUUACACUUAGUGGAACAAGCUAGGGGCAACUAUGGGCUACACGUCUUACAUCAUCCGAUUUGCCAUUCUAUAGAUAUAACAUUUCCAUGUUAUGUUGCGUGCCUUGGUGCAUGUCUUAUUAUUAUUCAGCCUGUGCGUUUAUAUUUUUAAUCAAGCACUUUGAGCAAGCCUUUUAUGUUGGGAGAAGGCGCUAUUUAAAAUAACCUUUAUCAUCAUCAUGAUCAUUAUGAUCAUCAUCAUUAAUGUAGUGUGCAGUGUAUUAUGUAUUUUACACACUUUUUAUUUCAUUAUUUAUUUUACUUUAUUAAAGAAAUUUACAUCGUGAUCAAAGUUAUCAAACUUUCAGGAAAAAUAGAGUUGAUGCCAUCACCGUAAUCAAUGAAAAAAUAAACAAUUUCCUAGCAAAAACAACAAAAAAAGAAACAAACAAAAAAAAAAAAAAAA